UGUUUUUUUUUUUAGUUGCCAGUUGCCGACCCGUUGUCGGCUUCCAAUAGAAAUCUUUUGUUUUGCAAACCAAAGCAAGCCAUCCAGCCACUGAAAUCUGAUAGUUUGGCCCGUCAGUAGGCAACACCCAAGCCCCGCACAGUAUUUAGUGAAAAAGUGAAUCGGGCACUGAAACUAUUUGCAAUUUUAGGCAUUGGCAAUUGCUCGCAGGCCAGCCGCUGGUCGAGAACGUUCUGAGAGUCCCCAAAAGAGUGUAAAGGUGCAAAAUGCCGACCCACUGGGCCAUAAACUGCGAUGGCUGCAACACUGGCAGCAUCAGUCGCUACCGCUACAAGUGCCUCAGGUGCGCAGACUACGAUCUGUGUCAGGCCUGUUUCGAGGCCAAGGCGGUGACUCUGCAGCACCAGUCGGGGCAUCCAAUGCAGUGCCUGCUGGACGACGAGGCCAAGAUGCUGCACUUUGCCGGGGAGCCAAUGCCCGUGCUGAGCGCCGACAGCUUCACUUGCCCCGUCUGCGGCGCCAUGGGCCACUCGGACGUCGAACUGGCAAAGCAUGUGGACGACGAGCACCGCGACGAUCGCAGCCUGGUCAUCUGUCCGCUGUGCGUGGCCGUGCCCGAGGCUCAUCCCGAACGCUUGAAUAUUUGGAAGCACGUUCGCGCUCGCCAUCUUGCUGCGCCAAGCAUUCUGCGCGGCUCUGUGCUGGAUAAUGCUGUACGCCACGAACGGGAGCCGUCUGAGAACGGCACCGAGGAGUCGGACAUCGAAAUCUCCUGGCCGCCGCGCCACCAACACAUGAUCGAUCCCAUGUCGCCGAACGCACCGUUCAACUUUGUCUAUUCAGAGGUGGUGGGUCCGCGCUCCUCAUCACCGGGACCGGGACCGGCCCCGGCACCGGAGCGCCAGCAGGUGCGCUUCUCCAUCGCUCGCGAGAGGCCAGCGAUGCCCGAUGGCAGCGAUGGGAAUCCCUAAAAAGGCAAAUCACUUGCGCUUACGUAUACACUUUUUUUUUUGUUUUUGAUGGAGAGAGAGUUGCACAGACACUGCAUACACACGUGCAUAUAUACUUACAAUUGGAAAUGGAUUUACAAUAUUGGAGCCUAAGCAUUUUUCCCGCAUAACAUAUACACACACACACACAUACAUAUCAGUGCCAAUGUAUUGCGCCCCGCGAAAUUUGUUUAGCAUUUUUCGCUCAAUUUGAAUGUCUUUUUUUGGGACAUUUUUGUUGCUACACACACACACGAGAAGUUACACUGAAAUGUCUUUGCCCCACACAUAGCAUAUUUAAUACACUGCGACACACAACUCACACAUUCAGUUAUCAAUUUGUAAACCACAGAAAAAGGAUAUGCCCCAAUAAAGAAUACAUACAAAAAGGCUCAGGAAAAAA